AUGAAGAGUGAGCUGAAUAGGAAUUACUCAGAAGUGACUGAGUUUAUUCUGCUUGGAUUCAGAACAUCUCCAAAAAUACAGAUUCUCUUAUUUUUACUCUUCUUGCUUAUCUAUGUGGUCAUUGUGGUGGGAAAUAUCAGCAUGUUAGCUGUCAUUAAAAUAGACUCCAGACUUCAUACACCUAUGUAUUUCUUCCUCAGAAAUUUGUCCUAUUUAGAUCUCUGCUACUCCACAGUCAUUGCUCCCAAAACUCUGGCUACUUUCUUAUCCAAGGACAAGCGAAUUUCUUACAAUGGCUGUGCAACACAGUUCUUUUUCUUUGCUCUCUUUGUUGGGACUGAAGGCUUUCUUCUAGCUGUGAUGGCAUAUGAUCGCUUUUCAGCCAUUUGCUCGCCUUUCCUUUACCCUGUCCGUAUGUCCCAGCAGGCUUGUGUUCGUUUGGUGAUUGGCUCUUACAUCUGUGGCUGCGUCAACUCCAUGGUACAAACAGGGUUCACCUUCAGUUUGCAUUUCUGUGGAGAAAACAGAUUGGACCACUUUUUCUGUGAUGUCCCAGCCCUGAUCAAGAUCUCAUGUGUUGACACUUUUAUGAAUGAGAUUGUACUGUUUAUUCUCUCUGCUCUCAUCAUCAUCACCACCACAGUGAUCAUUCUGGUGUCCUAUGCAUGCAUCCUCUCCACCAUCCUAAAGAUCCCCUCAACCCAUGGCAGGAGUAAAACCUUUUCCACUUGUACCUCUCACAUUACUGUGGUGAGUUUAUUCUAUGGAACUGUAUUCUUCAUGUAUGCUCAACCUGGGGCCAUCUCCUCACCAGAGAAAAGCAAGAUUAUAGCUGUGUUCUAUACUCUUAUCAUCCCUAUGUUGAAUCCUCUGAUUUAUAGUCUAAGGAAUAGGGAGGUGAAGAAUGCUGUGAAAAGGAUAGUGUUGAGAAAAGUAUCUUCUCAUUGACCUCCAGCA